AUGGAGAACAAUAAUGUUGUGAAAAAUCUCAUAGUAUCGGAUACGAAAUUACGCAAAGAUGGGGGAGAUGUAACAGUUGAUGAAACUUUGUUCAAGCAAAUGGUUGGAAGUCUUAUGUAUUUGAUUAUAACUAGACCUGGCAUGAUGUUUGGUGUUAGUUUAAUAAGCAGGUUCAUGGCUAAACCUACUAUGGCACACUGGCUUGUAGUAAAAAGGAUUUUAAGAUACCUAAAAGGUACAAUUAAUCUGGGUAUCUUCUAUAGGAAGCAAGAAAACAAUCUAAAACUUGAAGCCUUUACCGAUAGUGAUUAUGCCAGUGACUUAGACGAUCGAAGAAUGACUUUCGGAUUUGUGUUUAAAUUGGGAGCAGGAGCAAUUCUUGGGCCUCAAAGAAACAACCAGUUGUCGCUCUCUCUACCACAUAGGCAGAAUGCAUAG